AUCUUAUUUUAUUCAAUCAUUUUUCAUGUUAAAUAAAAGUCAACAAUUUCUCGAUAAAAUGCGUUUAACUCCCACCACGCUCGAUCUAAAUCCCUCCAAAUCUCAUUUCCGUAUUUUCUUCCAACGAACGGUAAACAAAUGCGUUUAGUACAAGUGGUACAAGUCGAGUUGUUUGUGGUGUGAAAACGCGAGCGAUGCGGUUAACGAUAAUUAUUACGAUUCUUUUCAUUGUUACUAAACAAAUAAUCGGAGUCGAUGAUGAUGAUGGCGAAAGGUCAAAGUUGGACAUUGAAAAUGCUAAUGUUAUGAAUUGUAACGUGUCGGAUGAUUUAAAGAAAGAAAUUCAAUCGUAUCGCGAUAUUACUAAAAAAAUUAUUUAUGAAUUAACCGAUGGGAAAUGGAAAGGAUUUGUUUAUAAUGAGAUUAGUAAAUUUGUUGAUCGGUUUGGCUUUCGUAUGGCUGGGACGCAAAAUUUAGAGAAUUCCAUUGAUUAUAUGUUAGAUAAGUUGGAUAGGUUUGAUUUGGAUGGGGUUAAAGGGGAAAAUGUGACAAUUCCACAUUGGGUUAGAGGAAGUGAAUCUGCGUUUUUAAUCACACCACGUCGUCAAAAACUGGCUAUUCUAGGACUGGGUUAUUCAGUUGGAACUCCUCCUGGUGGGAUUUUAGCCGAAGCAAUCGUUGUGAAUAGUUUUGAAGAAUUAGAUCAAAUAGGACCAAAAGUUAGCGGAAAAAUCGUCGUUUUCAACCAAACCUACUUAUCCUACCCAAAAACUGUCAAAUACCGCUCAUUGGCCGCUUCAAAAGCCGUUAAAUAUGGCGCAGUUGCAACUUUAAUUCGUUCGAUAACGCCAUAUUCGUUGUACACCCCGCAUACGGGGAUGCAAGAUUACCAACCGGGUGUUCCAAAGAUUCCUGCAGCCGCUAUAACCGUAGAAGAUGCGCAUAUGUUAGCGCGGAUGCAAGCAAGAGGAAGUAAACUAACGAUUAAAUUGGAAAUGGGGGCGAAAUUACUUCCUGACUCACAGUCGAGGAAUGUUAUUGCGGAUAUAACGGGGAACGCUUUUCCCGAUAAAUCAGUUGUUGUUUCAGGACAUAUCGAUAGUUGGGAUGUUGGACAAGGGGCGCUUGAUGAUGCUGGUGGUGCGUUUCUUUCAUGGGGAGCAUUGGCAGUUUUGAAAAAAUUGAAUUUGCGACCUAAAAGAACUUUAAGAUCUAUUUUAUGGACAGCUGAAGAAGAGGGUUUAAUCGGCGCCGAAGCGUACUUUAAACGCCAUCAAUCAGAAAAUGAUAAAUUAACCUUGUUAAUGGAAUCGGAUGAGGGUACUUUCACCCCGCUCGGUCUUGAAUUUCGCGGCUCCAACGACGCUGCUUGCAUUCUCCAGGAAAUUUUAAAGCUUCUUAAACCGAUCAAUGCGACUCAAUUAAAACGCGGAGAUAGCGUCGGUUCCGAUAUUUCUAUCUGGGAUAAAACCGACGUCCCAACGGCUGCUUUACUGAAUAAGAAUGAGAAAUACUUUUGGUAUCAUCACACAGAUGCUGAUACAAUGGAUGCUUUAAAUUCGGAUGAUUUGGAUAAAUGUACGGCGGUUUGGGCUACUGUUUCUUAUAUAGUUGCUGAUUUAAGUAUUGAUUUACCUAGAAAAUAAAAGAAAUUAUGAUUAUUAAUAAAAUCGAUUAAAUGGAA